GGUUUUUUUUUUUGGUAUAUAGCUUCAAUGAAAAUGGCAAUAAUAAGACUUUUAUUUUGAAAGUGCAAAUAAUGAAUAAGGUCCUAAACCAAAGAGCCACUUGAAAGUUCACAUCAAUUAGGUUCAAAUUGCUUUAUGGAGUUUGACCGUAAUUCUCAAUCCAAAAAGGGGUUAAUUUCGAUAUUGUUUGUUCGAUCUAAAAUUACUCCUAUUCAAGGACUGCGUUCUAGUUUUUUUUCGAGUCACUUCAAACGAGUUUUCCAAUCUGUUGGUGGUAACUUUCGGUCAAAUAGCCCCACAUGGCAAUUCGCUGGUAAGUUGUUUCAACGAAACGUGAAAUCUUCUCUGAUGAUCGGCCGAGCGAAGAAUUACUCAUUCAUAUCAGAGACAUAUCCUUCCAACCAUGAAGCUGAUGAAACCAUAUGUUGGUAAACUUGACUAACAAACCAUAUCUUCAAAAAUAUCUGGAUUAAUACCAUUUGAAUUUUUUUUUGUUUCAUAAAAGGUUAACAGAAAAUUGCAAUGUUUAGCACUUCGAAUCAACGAACACACCAUAUCUAUCAAGCUUCUCAGCUUCUGAUCCUUUGGGCACUAAUUGGUACCAUCAACGGCACCAAUGUUAAACUCGAAAUAAAAAGCAACACCGAGGAAGAUCAGCCAAUUAAGAUAUACGAAGACGAAGUGUAUCAGUUCUCGGUCUCUUCUUUUCAGGCCCUGGUAGAAGAUGUAGUGUGUGAAACAAACAAAAGAGAAGUAAUAUCCCUGGAAAAGAUUUCGCAGGCUGGGAACAAUGCCACUUUCAAAUUUCUCGCACGUAGGCUGGGCGUCGCCGAAGUAUCAUGUGGGUAUGAGAGGGGAUCAGAUGUGAAAGGAGACGACGCAGAAGGAGUAGCUGAGUUGGAUGUGUGGGUAUUGAGAGCCGAGACUAAAAUAGACAUGUUCUUCCUGCCCUACGUGUUCCUCAUGGUGGCCAUAUUCAACCUCGCAUUCGGCACAGAGAUAGCCCUGAAUGACCUCAAGUUCAUCCUCAGAAACCCCCUGCCUCUAUUCACUGCAGCUGUCUGCCAGUUCAUCAUACUACCACCUAUGGGUCUAGGGGUGGCCAAGUGGAUGGGCUAUGACGUGGAUGUGGCUCUGGGUAUGUUGAUGGUGGCAUGUGCUCCAGGUGGGGCCCAGAGCAACGCCUUCAGCUACUUGGUGGACGGAGAAGUGCCCCUCUCCAUCGCCAUGACGUUCUUCAGCACUCUUCUCGCUAUAGGCACCAUGCCACUGAACCUGUUCAUCUACGGCCGCUUCAUCUCAGACGACCCCUCCUGGACAGCACAGGACAUUCCCUACCACAGACUGGGGGGCACUCUGCUUCUACUGGCAGUGCCCGUGUGCAUUGGCAUGUUGCUUCGCAGCUACUGUCCGAACUUCACCCGCAAAAUGAUGAAGAUCGCGAAGCCACUGAUCAGUAUUAUGUUACUCGUCUUUUUCUGUCUAGCCAUAUUCCGCAACCUGUUUGCAUUUGCACUGGUCAGUGUACGCGACGUCGCCGGAUCCUGUCUUCUUCCCUGUGGAGGAUUCAUCAUUGGGACUCUGCUACCUCUCAGUGCACAGCUGAGGUUCUCCAAGGUCAAGACGAUUGCUCUAGAAGUGGGCAUGCAGAACGCAGGCAUAGUAGUGGGAAUGUCUCUGCUUGCCUUUGAGCAGCCCCACGCCGACCUCAACGGGAUCCUGCCUAUCUUCAUGGCGCUUACUAUGAACUUCGUGGCCCUUCCACUCCUAAUAGCCCACGUGAUCACUAUCAAGUUCAGUCGCAGUUACCGUGAAUUGUGCAAGAAAGAUAGAGAGGCUCUUGAAAAUGAACGAAAACUGUUCGAAAAGGAAACGAAAGUGGCUGUUAAUGGCGAUAUGGAGGGCGUCGGCAUCAUACUGUCUACGGAAGCAGAUCAAAAGAACCCAGAUGGUGCGCUGAGUUAACUUAUAGCACUAAAUUCUGGACUAUGAUAUCAGCAAUAGAUAUGAUCUUCACAAAAGCUAUUCGCAAAAUUUAAUUAAUACUCUAUUUUCAAUCUAAUGUUCGGUUUGCGCUUUCAUUUUUCACGUUUAUUCAUCAAAACUAGGUGCGGUUUUUAAAUGGAAGUUCACAAGAUCUAUAGUUUUGCUCGGUAUCGAUCUUGAAAUGACUGAUAAAUAUAUGUAUACAAAUUAUAAA